GGAAACGACCAAGCUAAAUUUUGCCAGCAGCAUCUCAGUGUUGCUUUCUUAUAAGUGCGUUAGAGAGCCACAUUUAUUAAUUAUACGUGUAGAUAUAUAUAUAAAAAAACCCAACUGUCAGUAGCUUCAUGGAUGUAGCAUCAUAUUUCUUACUUAAGUGACUAGUCCACAAAUCCAUCCGGCACAGCUUGUAGCUAACGUAACAUCAGUUAGCAUCGUAGUUUCUGGUAAACGAAUAUUUGCUGCUACCAGGGCUUAUUUGUGACGACGGUAUGAGUUAUGGAUAUGGCGGCGGAAGUGGAAGAAGAGGCAGAAGAGGAGGUCGAGGGCAGAGAGAUGGCAGCAGAGAAAGGUGGGACAGAGGAGGGGGUUUCAGAGGACAUAGUUCCGACUUUGACCAGGACCGAGGUGGACAACGGGACCGUCCUCCUCCACACCUGAAGGGCCGUGAGAUUGGUCUGUGGUACGCAAGAUACGGGGCCGUGAGGAGGAAACAGGCUGACCGGAGAUCGCGGGCAGUGGUCCAGAUGGAUGAGGCCAGAGAGCAGCACAUUACCAAGCUGCUUAACUCUGUCCAGAAUGACCAGUCUGGUCCAGAGAGAGACGGCAGGAAUGUAAGAGCCUCUACGUCUGACAGCUGGCGGACAGAAACCAAUAGAAGUGGUCAUUGUUACUUUGAUGGGGAUAGGCCUGAAGAAGAUAAACUGAAGACUGAGAUCAAAUCUGAGGAAGAGGAGGAAGAAGUUAGUUUAGCAGUCGCUAAAGAUGAACCUCCAGACACGUGGGAAGAAGAAGAGCCACAGGAGGAGGAGAAAGAGAAGUUGAGGAGGAAAGACAGAGAUCUGGAGUUCUUAUUUCAGGAAGUGGUCAGAGAUAGUUCACUGGACGACUACUUAAAGAGAGAUCUGCAGAGCAAGCAGUCAGAUCCGAAGUACAAAGAAAUGCUGAAAUUCCGGGAAAAACUACCAUCUUAUAGCAAAAAAGAGGAGUUGGUAGAGCUGAUCAACUCUAACCGUGUCCUCGUUGUGAGUGGGGAGACAGGCUGUGGAAAGACCACUCAGGUCACCCAAUUCAUCCUAGAUGACUAUAUCAAUAGAGGCAUUGGCUCGAUGUGCCGGGUGGUCUGCACGCAGCCUCGUCGCAUCAGUGCUAUCUCGGUAGCGGAACGUGUAGCAGCAGAGAGGGCAGAAAGUGUAGGGAAUGGAAAUUCUUGUGGUUACCAAAUCCGCCUACAGAGCCGGUUACCACGGAGACAAGGUUCCGUCCUGUACUGUACAACGGGCAUUAUUCUUCAGUGGCUUCGCUCAGACCCUUUGUUGUCCAGCAUCAGUCACCUGGUAUUGGACGAGAUACACGAGAGGAACCUGCAAUCAGAUGUUUUGCUGGUUAUUGUGAAGGACCUACUCAACCUCCGGGACGAUCUCAAGGUCAUCCUCAUGAGUGCCACACUCAAUGCUGAGAAGUUUUCUAAAUAUUUUGACAAGUGUCCAAUGAUCCAUAUCCCUGGUUUGACGUUCCCAGUGGAAGAGUUCCUAUUGGAGGACAUUGUAGAGAUGACCAGGUAUCGCCCCCAGAAUCAGGACCGUCGCCCCUCAUGGAAGAGAGGCUUUUGGCAGGGCCGCCACUCCAGACCUGAGAAGGAGGAGAAAGAGGCUGAAUACAAGGACAGCUGGCCUUGUUAUGCACGUACACUGCAGCACAGAUAUUCUGACAACACUAUUGCGGCACUGGAGAUGUUGGACAAUGAUGAGAAGAUUGACCUGGAGCUGAUCCUGGCACUGAUCCGUCAUAUUGUGCUCAAUGAGGAGGAAGGAGCAAUCCUGGUGUUCCUCCCUGGCUGGGACAACAUCAGCAGUCUCAAUGACCUGCUCACAGCUCAGCAGAUGUUCCGAUCAGAGCGGUUCGUUAUCAUCCCUUUGCACUCCCUCAUGCCUACCGUUAAUCAGACGCAGGUGUUCAAAAGGCCUCCUCCUGGAGUUAGAAAGAUUGUGAUUGCUACCAAUAUAGCUGAGACCAGCAUCACCAUAGAUGAUGUUGUAUAUGUGAUAGAUGGUGGGAAAAUUAAGGAGACCAACUUUGACACCAACAACAACAUCAGCACUAUGACAGCCGAGUGGGUCAGCCUGGCCAACGCCAAACAGAGGAAAGGACGUGCCGGCAGGGUGUGUCCAGGGAAAUGCUAUCAUCUGUACAAUGGUUUGAGGGCCAGCCUGCUGGAUGCCUAUCAAUUACCCGAAAUUAUGAGGACACCACUGGAGGAGCUCUGCCUGCAGAUCAAGAUACUGAAGCUUGGGUCUAUAGCUCAAUUCCUGGAGAAAGCCCUGGACCCUCCCACUGAAAAGGCCGUCAAUCUAGCCAUCAAGAACCUCAUAGACCUGAAUGCCCUGGACCAUUCAGAGAAUCUGACAGCGCUGGGUUUCCACCUGGCUCGUCUGCCUGUGGAGCCUCACAUUGGCAAACUCAUCCUGUUUGGAGCUCUGUUGGGCUGCCUCGACCCCGUACUCACCAUUGCUGCUUCACUCAGCUUCAAAGACCCUUUCUUCAUACCCCUGGGUAAAGAGAAGAUGGCAGACAUGAGGAGAAAGGCCUUGUCCAGGAACUCCAAGAGUGACCACCUCACUAUUGUCAAUGCCUUCCAGGGGUGGGAGGAAGCGAAAAGGCGUGGUGCCAGGUACGAGAGGGAGUACUGCUGGGACAACUUCCUGUCUGCCAAUACUCUCCAGAUGCUGCACAACAUGAAGGGUCAGUUUGCUGAGCAUCUAAUGCAUGCAGGCUUUGUCAGCAGCAAGGACCCCAGAGACCCCAACUCUAAUGUCAAUUCAGACAAUGAGAAGUUAAUCAAAGCAGUGAUUGUAGCCGGUCUGUACCCUAAGGUGGCCAUGAUCAGACCAUCUCACAGCAAAAAGAGGCCGGGGGUUAAGGUGUACACCCAGGCUGAUGGAAAGGUGUGUAUCCACCCGAAAUCUGUCAAUGCCGAAGAGACGGAGUUCAACUACACCUGGCUCAUCUAUCACCUCAAGAUGAGAACGAGCAGUAUCUUCCUGUACGACUGCACUGAAGUGUCCCCGUUCUCGCUGCUGUUUUUCGGAGGAGACAUCACCAUCCAGAAAGACGAGGACCAGGAGACCAUCGCAGUGGACAAAUGGAUUGUCUUCAGAUCCCCGGCACGCAUCGCUCACCUUGUCAAGAGUUUAAAGAAAGAGCUGGAUUCUCUACUGGAGGAUAAAAUCCGUAACCCGGCUCCUGUGGACUGGCAAAACCGUCAGUCCAAAGACUGUGCUGUCAUCACAGCCAUCAUAGAUCUCAUCACCACCCAGGAGAAGCCUGCAGGCAGCACUAAAGGCUAUGGCAGAACGUGGGCGUCAGCCCCAAGGGGACAACACAUUCACUUCAAUGACGAUGAUGAUGACGACGACGAUUAGACGUGGCCAGGGUUUUGGCUGGCU